AUGGAGAGUUAUGGACGGUUGGAUGUUGAGGAACAUCUAUGGGGUUACAGAUUGACCAAGCAACGGUUGGAAGCAGCACGGGCCACUAUGCGGUUUUAUGUGGACAGGGAAUUUCAAGUGGGAUACUGGGUUUACGUUAAAUUCCGGCCUCGAUACACACUGGGAUGGAAGGAACUCAUCUACAUGCUGUCUUCCAACCGUUAUAGGAUUCGGUGGAAAGGUUUGGAUGACACCUAUGACACCUGGGUGACAGAGGAGCAGCUUAAUCAGUUGCUGGAACUGCUCACUCAAAGCGUUGAUAACAUAGCAGGAGAAAGGCCGAGUGGAAGUCUUGGAUCUUGUGACAAAGGACGGGCUCUUGGACAACGCAAAAGAACUAGAAAAGCUAAAGCUGCGAUCAUCCCUCGAAUGGCACUCAAGGAUUGCUACGUCGACCACCUCUUCAUUCCAAAAGGGCUGGCAGUUAACGUGCACAAUGCGGUGAUACACCACAGUGCCGAGAUGUGGGGAGAGGACUCGCACGAGUUUAAUCCCGACCGCUUUGCAAAUGGGAGCUUGGCAGCGUGCAAGCAUCCCAUGGCUUUCAUGGCACUCUCGUUUGGAGCGCGAGCUUGCGUCGGUCGGGCUUACUCUCAAGUCCAGGCCAAGAUCAUUGUGGCUUCUCUGUUGCAGAUUCCAGUGGAGCUUGUUGCCCGAUUAUCGUCACAGCCCCACAGAGUUCCCAUUGUGUUGACGCUGCUUGGCGCUAAAAAAGACUAG